AUGGCGCUCCCCGACAACGGACGCACUGGCCACUCGCGCUCCAGCGGCCGCCGGGCAACGCCCGGCCCCGUCGGCCCGCCCUGGGGAGCGACACCGGCCCGAGCGCCGCCCGGCACGGGACCGGCUUCAGCCCGCGCUGUCCGCCGGCCCCGGCCCCGCCACCGCCUCGGCACAGCCGCACCUGCAGCAUCGCCGGAGCCCGCCGGGCCCGCAGCGCCUCCCCGCUCCCCCAGCCCCGCCGCUCCCCUCGGCCGCUCCCCGGUCCCUCAGCCCCAAGAACAAAAUCACGACAACAAGUUAAAAACCAAACCUGCAGCACCAAGACAAAAGCUCAAAUCUCAUCGCUAUGAACAGCUCUCCAACAAACUUUGCUCCUCUACGUCUAGGCAGGGAAAAGAGAAACACGAACCAGCACUGAUGCGCAAUGCAACUGCUCGGCACGCGCUCAGCGAUAACCAACCUGACCCGAGCGGCGACCUGCUCCUCCCGGCUGACUCCCCCCACUUUCUAUACUGGCCAUGA